CCUUGGACUGCAACGUCCAUGAACGACGCACUCUACAACUUACCGAACGAUGUGCUGAUUUACAUUAUCGCAUUUCUCUCCGUUCCUGACAUCCUUCUCCUCCGCCAAACAUGUAAACGGUUCAAUACGCUCACAAGAUUACACAUCGUCUGGACAAACGCAUUCAAACUCGAUAUCCUCUCCAAUGGCUACCCCGCUCCCAUCGAUGAUACAGACCUUGAGCAACGCACGCUUCACUCGUACCGACUCACGUCUCGAUGGCUUGCAAACUCUCCUCUGAUGCCAGCGAGCGAGACGAGUUUCACCGGGUCCCCCGUAUCCGAAAUCAAAUUCAUACCAGGCCGACAACACAAGUGGCUGCUGACUGUAUCGAAAGGGACCCGGUCGGUGCUAGCGAUCUGGGAUAUCGUGCGCAGGCACAAGUGCUCGGAGUGGUCGCCGAGAGGCGUGCCGUUUACUGGGGUGAGGCUGAACACAGAUACAGAGUCUGAGGCGAGUAUCGCUGUGGCGUUGGAUGGGUCACAGAGGAUUGCGCUCUUGCACCUGGAUGACGAUGGAACGCUGCGUGAAAUUCACUCUUUCGAUAUCGACCUUCACCUUGUCACCCUCACUGGUGAUAUCAUGGCCCUCAGCGAUGACUUGUCCAAGACAUUGAUUUAUAAUUGGAGGACGGAUGAGCGAGCCUACCUCGAUGAAGGAGACAUGCAGCAUGGCCACUGCAUCCAAGUCAUCUUCACCGCGCUAACCAUUCUUGUCAUCCGUGCACGCUCCAUCAACCUGUACACUACCCUGCCCUUCCUCCACGGACAAACACACUCUCCCGUUGCGUCCCACUCCUUCAGAUGCGUCGACGGUGCCAGUGCAACACCCACAUCGGUCCUCAUCCGCUCCGAGAUUGAUAACUCCUGGAUAUCAGGGCUUGACUUGUUCAAACUCUAUUCCAUCUCUUCCUUCCCACCAACCUUCACCAGCGAAAUAACCUCCCAAUGCGGCUCUCUUCAAUGCACAGACGUCAUACUCGGGAAAUGUGAGACUGCUGUAUGGAUACGCCCCUAUCGUGUGAUGACCUUCCCGGAUCAAGAACACCGCGAGACGCUCAUGGCUGCCGUAUUCCCCGGCCCGCUUAAUCCCACUGCUAAACCUCGUGUCCGCGAGGUGUGCCCGAACCCGUUGAAUAAUUGGACCGCGUUGGAUUAUGAUGAAGAACUCGGGAGGAUCGCCCUUGGGUCGGGGUUUGGGAAGAUUACGGUUGUCCAGUUGUAGGCAUAAUCCAUGUCUUUCGUGACGUACUGGGUGUGUGACGUCCAAAACUAGGGUUCGAAUCCCUUUGGAAGGGUUAAAUUUUGUUGUAAUCUUUUUCUUCUUUGCGCAUGAGCCUGAGCUUGAUUCCGCGUACGCAUCAUGCCUCGUGCAAGUGACCGUAUUUUCAUUACUAGGCUAUCUGAGGACCCAUGAUUAUCC